UGCUAGCCAUCGAGUACAUUUUUUAUUUUUUUUUUUCCUGUGAAACUCUUUAGCUCUCUCGAUUCCACGUUCUUGAUUAUAAUGGCUGUUGAUUCUGGUCUUUCAUCACCGCUGGGUCCUCCUGCAUGUGAAAAAGAUGCUAAAGCUCUUCAAUUUAUUGAAGAAAUGACAAGAAAUAUAGACUCAGUGCAAGAAAAGGUUCUUGCAGAGAUACUCAGCAGAAAUGCAGAGACUGAAUAUCUAGAAAGAUUCCAGCUUAAUGGAGCUACUGAUCGCGAUGCAUUCAAGUCCAAAGUUCCAGUCGUUACUUAUGAAGAUCUCCAACCUGAGAUUCAACGUAUUGCUAAUGGUGACCGCUCUAACAUCUUUUCUUCACACCCUAUUUCUGAGUUUCUCACUAGCUCUGGAACUUCUGCUGGUGAGAGAAAACUGAUGCCAACAAUUCAUGAAGAGUUAGACCGUCGCACGUUAUUAUACAGUCUUCUUAUGCCUGUCAUGAAUCUCUAUGUGCCUGGUUUGGACAAAGGAAAGGGUCUGUAUUUCUUGUUUGUGAAGGCUGAAACAAAGACACCUGGAGGGCUCGUGGCACGUCCAGUACUCACAAGCUACUACAAAAGUGAGCACUUCAAGAACAGGCCAUUUGAUCCUUACAACGUCUACACUAGCCCAAACGAGACUAUUCUCUGCCCUGAUUCUUUUCAAAGCAUGUAUAGUCAAAUGCUCUGUGGACUAAUUAUGCGAGAAGAGGUGCUUAGAGUUGGUGCAGUUUUUGCCUCUGGACUUCUUAGAGCCAUUCGGUUUCUUCAAAUCAAUUGCAAGCAUCUAGCAGAAGAUAUCUCCACUGGUACCUUAAACCCUAAAAUUUCUGACCCUUCAAUAAGGGAAUGCAUGGCCAAAAUCUUGAAACCUAACCCAGAACUCGCUGAGUUUAUUACAAAGGAAUGCUCAGAAGAGAACUGGGAAGGUAUUAUAACAAGAAUUUGGCCUAAUACAAAGUAUCUAGAUGUCAUUGUUACAGGUGCCAUGGCUCAAUAUAUACCAACUCUUGAGUAUUACAGCAAUGGUUUGCCUAUGGCUUGCACCAUGUAUGCUUCUUCUGAAUGCUACUUUGGUGUAAAUCUUAACCCAAUGGUGAAACCAUCUGAUGUUUCUUAUACAAUCAUGCCAAACAUGGCUUACUUUGAGUUCUUGCCGCAUGAGUCAUCAUCCUCAGCUCUCUCUCGCGACUCACCUCCACGUCUAGUGGAUCUUGCUGACGUAGAAGUUGGUAAAGAGUAUGAACUUGUUAUUACUACUUACGCCGGUCUGAACCGGUACAGAGUCGGAGACAUUCUUCGCGUCACAGGUUUUCAUAACGCAGCUCCACAGUUUCGAUUCAUAAGGAGAAAGAAUGUGCUGUUGAGCAUUGAUUCAGAUAAAACUGAUGAAUCUGAACUUCAAAAGGCGAUAGAAAAUGCUUCUUUACUGUUACGUGAGUUCAAUACCAGUGUUGUGGAAUACACUAGCUAUGGAGAUACGAAAACAAUCCCUGGUCAUUAUGUGAUAUACUGGGAAUUGCUUAUUAAGGACCCAUCAAACUCGCCAACCGAGCAAGUGUUGAACCAAUGCUGUUUAGCCAUGGAAGAGUCACUUAACUCGGUUUACAGACAAGGCCGAGUUGCGGAUAGCUCGAUUGGUCCAUUAGAGAUAAGGGUGGUGAAAAAUGGUACUUUUGAAGAGUUGAUGGAUUAUGCAAUUUCAAGAGGGGCAUCAAUUAAUCAGUAUAAGGUACCAAGAUGUGUCAGUUUCACUCCCAUUAUGGAACUGUUAGACUCAAGAGUUGUGUCUAAACAUUUCAGCCCAUCUCUGCCGCAGUGGACCCCAGAACGACGCCGUUGAAGUCUGCAUGGCGGCAACGGCAAGAUAUAUAAUAGAGCAGCAAGAAAGCAACCACUCUCUACAUAUGUCUCUUUUCUUUUUCUUGAAAUUUAGCUUUUAAAAGUCUCUUUUUCUUUUCUUCUUUCUAAGAAAUUUGCAGUGUGUUUGUGUAAUAAGUUCAUAUAAUCUGUACUGCGCAUGAUGUAAUUGUCCAUUUGAUGUUUGUUUGUCCAUUUGGAAUCCUUUUGUUACAUAUAUAUAUAUAUAUAUAUAUAUAUAUAUAUGCUUCUUCUGUCUCA